UGACUCUGCUUUCCGUGUCCCUCAUGGAAGGAAUAUUGGAGAAAGGAAAAGAGAAACGAAGAAUAAAGUAAACUUGAAGAGGAAAGCAACUUUCACCCAUAGAUCACAGCUAAUUUCAUGCAUAUAUCAUAAUAUGCACCAAACCUUUAUUCGUAUUCCUCUAUUAAAUAUGACACUGCUCCACUAUUAAAGUAAGGAGUUAUGAACAAGUUAUCUGCCUUGCCUUGAAUUUUGUGAAAAUGGCGCAAAACUAUGGCUUCCUUGUCUGCAUUCUUGUCUUGGUGGUGGAUGUUGCAGCUGGCAUACUUGGAAUUCAAGCAGAAAUAGCUGAAAACAAGGUUAAGGAGUUGAAGAUGUGGGCACUGGAGUGUAGAGACCCCAGCUUCGGAGCCUUCAAGCUAGGAGUUGCUGCUUCCGUUCUCUUGGCCUUUGCUCAUGCAUUUGCUCACUUGCUUGGUGGGUGCAUUUGCAUGCGCUCAAAAGAAGAAUGCGAAAGAGCCACAGCCAAUAGACAAUUAGCAGUGUCUUUUUUCUUGUUAUCAUGGAUGGUUUUGGCAAUUGGUUUCUCCUUGCUGAUAUUAGGGACCUUAGCCAACUCAAGAUCAAGAGAAUCGUGUGGAAUGUCAAAUCGUCGUUUUCUAUCGAUUGGAGGGAUUUUGUGCUUCGUACAUGGGUUGUUCACCAUUGUCUAUUAUGUCUCUGUAACUGCCACAAGGAGGGAAGAAAAGAGACAAGGAAACCCCAUUGUUAGCCACCCUUAAACACCACUCUCUUUCUUAUACCAUCACACCAUCAUUAGAUAAGAAAUGUACCAUUUAACUUCUGAUUUUCAUUAGUGUUACAUGAAUGAGUAAUCACUUUAUUGUUUAGUAGACUUCCAUAUUUUUAGGACUGAA